CCCUGCUCCUCUCCUCCCUGAUGGAUGACACUUGGGGCUCUGAGCUCUGCUUCCCCAACCUCAACUCCUCCUGCAGGCGUCUGCUGCGACCACGAUCUGAGACUCUUCUACUCUACAUACUAGUUGCAUCUGUCUCUCUGCUCACUGUGACACUCAAUUUGCUCAUCAUCAUUUCCAUCUCCCACUUCCGGCAGCUCCACACCCCAACCAACACUCUGCUCCAGUCUAUGGCUGUUUGCGACAUGGGACUGGGGCUGUUAGUGAUGCCUGUUGAAGGUUUGCGCUACAUUGAGAGAUGCUGGCUGCUGGGGAGGAUAAUGUGUGCUGUCUCACCUUAUCUCUUUUACUCUCUGGUUUCUACCUCUUUGGGCCACAUGGUGCUCAUAUCCAUCGACCGUUAUCUGACUAUCUGUGACCCACUGAUCUACUCCUCUAAGGUCACUGUGACUAAUGUUAAAAUCUGUAUCUGUCUCUGUUGGACCUGUUCAAUUACCUACAAUGUGUUACUUCUAAUAGACCACUUAGUGCAGCCGGACAGAUUCAGCUCCUGCCAUGGGGAGUGUGUGGUGGUCAUCAGCCAGAUCUCAGGAACUGUCGACAUGUUCAUGACCUUUAUUGGGCCUUGUACUGUCAUGGUUGUGCUGUAUAUCAGGGUGUUUGUGGCUGCCCUUUCUCAGAUGCGUGUAAUUCAGUCACAGGCUGCUGUUACCAAGGCCAGAGCAGCUCCACCUGCUAGAAAAUCACCACCCAAGGCAGCCAGGACUCUGGGGAUUCUGAUAGUGGUGUAUUUAAUGUGUUACUGCCCAUUCUUCUAUCCUGCUCUUUCAGGUGUGAACAGCUCAAGUAGCUUGUCAUAUUAUCCCAUUUUGGCUUGGAUUAUGAUACUGAACUCUUGCUUGAACCCUCUGAUUUAUGCCAUGUUCUACCCCUGGUUUAGGAAAGCUAUCAAACUCAUCAUCACACUCAGAAUACUGCAGGAUAACUCCCCGGAGGUCAAGAUCCUGUAG